AUCUUAAAAUAUAAUAUAUUAUCUUUCAAAAAAAAAAUUGUUUUGAAAAACAAAAAUAAAAAGGAUUCUUUCUUGAGAUAGUCACACAUAUUUUAAUAUGAUAUUAAAGCAUACAGAGGUCUUACGAUCAAAUUUUAUUAUCACUAAAGAUCAAAUCUCACUUACAUACUUUACUCAUAAAUUUUUUUAAAUAAUUUAAUUUUGAGUAAAUGUACUGUCGAAACCAAACUUAAAGGGAGUCUAUUAACUAACUAAAAUCGUAUUUUUGACAAUAUUAAUAUCUACGUGAUACAUACAUGUGUCUACGACCUUCAGUGUGAUAAUGGCCACAACUUUGUUAUUUCUUACAUUCAUCUAGCUAUCCAAUAACCUAUUUGAGAAACUAAUCAUUUCUGCACAAAAUCCAUUUGUUUACUCAGCUGAAAAGAACUAAAAAGGUACAAAGAAAUGGAAGCAGAAGAAAACAUAAAGCUUCAUGCCAUUAUGAUACCAGUACCUCUACAAGGCCAUAUAGUACAGUUCAUCAAUCUUGCAAUAAACCUCGCAUCAAAAGGUCUCACCGUAACUUUCGUCAACACACAAUCAACUCAUCUGAGGUUGAAGAAAGCGCAAUCAUUCUCCGACAGCUCCCUGGACUACAACAUCUUCUCUGAGGCGCGGAAAUCUGGCCUUGACAUCCGAUACACAACGAUAAGUGAUGGUUUUCCUCUGAAUUUCGAUCGGAUGGGAAACCACAGUCAGUUCAUGGAAGGGUUGUUCCAUGUUUUCUCAGCACAUGUCGAUGAUCUUGUCGCAAAUCUUGUCAAUUCUAACCAUAUUCCUCCGGUUUCUUGCCUAAUCGCUGACACUUUCUUCGUCUGGCCAUCGGAGAUUGCCAAGAAAUAUAAUCUUGUUAACAUAUCAAUGUGGUCUGAACCAGCUCUGGCAUUCACAAGUUACUAUCAUAUGGACCUCUUAAAAGCAAAUGGUCACUUUGGUUCUCAAGAUAAUCGUGAGGAUACGAUAAAUUACAUACCAGGAGUUCAAGCUAUUGAACCAGGAGAUCUUCCUUCAUACCUUCAAGAUACCGAGCCAUGGGAUAUAAUGCACCGGUACAUAUUCAAAUCACUUGAAGAUGCACGGAAAGCAGACAUGAUCAUAUGCAACACAGUACAAGAGCUAGAGUCCUCAACGAUAUCAGCUCUACAAGAGAAAAAGCCAUUCUAUGCACUAGGACCAAUUUUCCCGAAAGGGUUCAGCAAAAGCGCCAUUCCGACAAACCUAUGGGUGGAAUCGGACUGCAACGAGUGGCUAAACAGUAAACCGAAAGGUUCAGUCAUGUACAUUUCAUUUGGAAGUCUUGCAAGUAUUAGUAGACAAGAUAUACUUGAAAUGGCUCAUGGACUUCUCCUUAGCAAAGCUAGCUUUCUUUGGGUUGUUCGUCCUGACAUCACGUGGUCGUUAGAGAGUAAUCUUUUGCCAUCAGGAUUUGAGGACGGCGUUAAGGAAAGAGGACUAGUUGUAUCAUGGUGUAACCAAAUUGACGUAAUCUCACAUCCAGCUGUCGGUGGAUUCUUGACUCAUUGCGGGUGGAAUUCAGUUUUGGAGAGCAUAUGGUGCAAAGUUCCAAUGUUGUGUUUUCCUAUAUUCACCGAUCAGUUUACAAACAGGAAACUGGUUGUCGAUGAGUGGAAGGUUGGUUUUAAUCUUACCGAAGGAAGAAUCCUCAAACGACAGGAAAUUGCACAGAAAAUCGACUGUUUCAUCACUAAAGUCAACGAGUUAAGUAUCAAUCUAGAGGAAGCGAGGAAGCAGCUCGAAGAUGCAUUAUCCGAAAAUGGUUCAUCAGGAAGAAACUGCAAGCAACUAAUCUGUGACAUCAAGUACAAAAUUCAGCAGAAAAGCAAGAGUAGUAACAAGACAAGCUUACUUUCGUAUGGUAACUAGAAGAAAUAUCUGUAUUGGAACGAAAUGCACGUAUAUGUGAUCAUAUAACGGAUCCCAACUUAUCCCCCGACUGAAGCCUAGUCAACUGAUUGAUUGAACAAGAACAAAUACUUUAAUGCUCCGGUCCUUCUUUCCCGGAUUCCACACAUAAGUGGACGCUUAAUGCACCAGGCUGCCGUUUUCUUAUGUAGGAGGCUGUUGCAAAGAAGUGUCCCUAGGAGUAACUGUAAAGUUGCUGUCAUGGGAGCAGGAGGUCUCAGAUUCAAGUCGUGGAAACAGCCUCUUGCAGAAAUGUGAGGUAAGGCUGCUACAGUAAAGCCUUGUAGUUCGGCCCUUCCCAGGACCCUGCGUAGUGAGAGCUCAAGUGCACCGGGCUGCCCUUUUUGAAAUGUAUUGUUUGCACUUAUUUACUUGAUUUUUGUAACACAUAUAUAGGCUCUGAGCCGAAACUACUGAUAUAGAGACAUAUAUCAUCUAUUCUACAUAAACGGUGAGAAAAUUUAAGCAGUAUGCAUGAUAUACAGAACUGUAUAUUGGCUCCA